AUGAGUAGAAGGUUAGUUUGUUUACAUGCUUUAAAGAAACUUAUCUCUAUUAAUAUACUUGCUGCAAUCAAAACUUUAUUUUACAAUUAUAAUGUUCCUAAAGCAUUAUCUACUGAUCAGAGCAACCAGUUUGUUGCACAGCUUGUUGUAUAUCUUUGUGUAAAAUAUAAUGUUAAGAAAAUUUUUCAACUCAAUAUAUUACCCACAAGGUAA